AGCUAGCAGUGCAUACGUGGAAGGGCGUGGGUGGGAGUUGUGAUUAGAAAGGUCAAUAAAAGCUUCUGAAGACCCACAGGAGAGACCCAAAGUCUUCAAGCCUGGAGUUCCUGCUUGGUUCUUCCUGAGGUCUGAGCACCUUCUAGACUACAUCCAGAUCUGUUUUCCCUGCAGAUUCAUGAAGAUGAGCAUCCGGACUCCACCCAGACUCCUGGAGCUUGCGGGGCGGAGCCUGCUGAGGGACCAAGCCUUAGCCAUGUCCACCCUGGAGGAGCUGCCCACGGAACUUUUCCCCCCACUGUUCAUGGAGGCCUUCAGCAGGAGACGCUGUGAGGCCCUGAAGCUGAUGGUGCAGGCCUGGCCCUUCCGCCGCCUCCCUCUGAGGCCUCUGAUAAAGAUGCCUUGUCUGGAGGCCUUCCAAGCUGUGCUCGAUGGGCUUGAUGCACUGCUUACCCAAGGGGUUCGUCCCAGGAGGUGUAAACUUCAAGUGCUGGAUUUACAGGAUGUCUGUGAGAACUUCUGGAUGGUUUGGUCUGAAGCUAUGGCCCAUGGGUGCUUCCUCAAUGCCAAGAGGAACAAAAAACCAGUGCAGGACUGUCCAAGGAUGAGAGGACAGCAACCCUUGACUGUGUUCGUAGAACUUUGGCUCAAGAACAGGACUCUGGAUGAAUACCUCACCUACCCCCUUCUAUGGGUCAAGCAGAGGAGAGAUUUACUACACCUGUGCUGUAAGAAGCUGAAAAUUUUGGGAAUGCCCUUCCGCAAUAUCAGAAGCAUCCUGAAAAUGGUGAACCUAGACUGUAUCCAGGAGGUGGAAGUGAAUUGCAGGUGGAAACUGCAAUUCCUGACACAGUUUACCCCAUACCUGGGCCACAUGAGGAAUCUUCAGAAGCUCGUUCUCUCCCACAUGGAUGUCUCUCGCUACGUUUCCCCAGAGCAGAAGAAGGAGAUUGUUACCCAGUUCACCACUCAGUUCCUCAAGCUGCGCUGCCUCCAAAAGCUUUAUAUGAACUCUGUUCCUUUCCUCGAAGGCCACCUGGACCAGCUGCUCAGCUGUCUGAAGACCUCGUUAAAGGUCCUCACAAUAACUAACUGUGUGCUUUUGGAAUCAGACUUGAAGCAUCUAUCCCAGUACCCGAGUAUCAGUCAACUAAAGACCCUGGACCUGAGUGGCAUCAGACUGACCAAUUUCAGUCUUGUGCCUCUCCAAAUUCUCCUAGAAAAAGUUGCAGCCACCCUUGAGUACCUGGAUUUAGAUGACUGUGGCAUCAUGGACUCCCAAGUCAAUGCCAUCCUGCCUGCCCUGAGCCGCUGCUUUGAGCUCAACACCUUCAGCUUCUGUGGAAAUCCCAUCUCCAUGGCCACCCUGGAGAACCUGCUGAGCCACACAAUCAUACUCAAAAACUUAUGCGUGGGGGUGUAUCCUGCCCCGCGGGAGAGUUAUGGUGCUGAUGGUACUCUCUGCUGGAGCAGAUUUGCUCAAAUUAGGGCUGAGCUGAUGAACAGAGUGAGGGACUUAAGGCACCCCGAGAGGAUCUUUUUCUGUACUGACAACUGCCCUGACUGUGGCAACAGGUCAUUUUAUGACCUGGAGGCAGAUCAAUACUGCUGUUGAAUGCCUGCCUAUUUGGAUGGGUAUGUCAAACGCUUUCUUCUGGACACUUGGAAACUAAAACCUAGGUCUUAGGUACAUCCUAAAGGGAUCACAGAACCCAUCCUUUCACACAUAGGCUCUGAAAGUGGGAAAGGAAAGCUGAUCAAGCAGGGGCUGGACUUGGGGGAAAUGUUGCCAUGGAUUCGAUGGGACUUUGGGGACCUGUGUCCUGUAGAGUCGAAAAUGGGAAUCUGAAUGUCUAGAGUGGAAUUCAGGCUUGAGAAUACAUGAGGGAGUUACUCUUGCAUGGAUGGUUGUAAAGAAACAAUCAGAAAUAAAGGAAAACUGAGCAGAA